GUGUGUGUGUGUGUGUGUGUGCGUGUGCGUGCUCGGGAAGUUGUGUAUGUGAGGAUGGAGGUCGGCGCGUAGUCAACAUUGCAAAAUGCUACUGGUCGACAAACGAAGAAGAUUGCAGGUCAGCCAGACCAAGAGACUCACUGCCACUAAAACCGGGGGCCGAUCUUAGAAGCCGAGCCCAGCGAGGAGCCUGAGACCUGGGUGCCGGAGAGCAGAGAGCAGCCCGGAGCCCAGCGGUCAGAGAGGACGUCAGAGACAGGGAGACCGUACUUCCAGUGACAGUGACGGAGGCGUGCAUCGGGGGUCCAGAUGAGGGAGUGGUCUGAGAUGGAGAUGAUGUCGUCGGGGGGCUUUCUCUCGGUGCCGGACCCGUACGGCCCCCCCGAGCCCCUCCAGUGCUACGACAUGCUGUCAGACCCCCUGGCCUUCCCCUUCCAGGAGCCGGACUUCCAGCUCCUCCCGUACCCCCAGCAGCAGUACCCCAGCGGCCCCGGGGCCCUCCCCUUCCACCACCUCUACGGCUCCACCGCCUCCCCCACCACCACCGCCUCCUCGUCCUCCUCGUCCUCCUCCCCCUUCUCCUCCUCCCACCCCUGCCUCCCGCCGUACCAGUACAGCCCCCACUGCUCCGAGAGCCACUUCGGCCCGUUCGGCCCGCCGGCCCCGGAGGCCCCCCAGUACGGAGCCCCGGAGCAGGGGAGCGGGGUCGGAGCCCUGCCCCAGAACAGGAGGUCCCGGCUGGGCCCCGGCGGCCGGGCGAGGGCCCAGGAGGAGCUGUGCGUGGUGUGCGGGGACAAGGCCUCGGGGUACCACUACAAUGCGCUCACCUGCGAGGGCUGUAAAGGUUUCUUCCGUCGGAGCGUGACCAAGAAGGCGGUGUACCGGUGCAAGAGCGGCGGCGGCUGUGAGAUGGACAUGUACAUGAGGAGGAAGUGCCAGGACUGCCGGCUCAGGAAGUGCCGCGCGGUGGGAAUGCUAGCUGAAUGCCUGCUGACGGAGGUACAGUGCCAGUCGAAGAGGCUGAGGAAGGGGUCAAAAGGUCGUCUGGGAGGCCAGGAGGAGGAGGAGAGCACAGAGAGAAGCAGGGUCAGCUCCUCAAACAGGCUGCUAGCACAGUCGCUGUCGUCCAGACUGUCCCGGGACCAGGAGCUUCUCCUGCAGAGGGUUCUGGAGGCCCACCGGCAGUACCGGGCGCAGGACGGGACAAUCAGCCCGAUGUUUGAGUGGCCGUACGUGGAAGAUGAGGAGUGUUUGUCGUACGGAGUGUCCUCACACUUACAGAGAUUGCUCCAGUUCGCCAGGACGUUGCCAGGCUUCGACCUGCUGGAUGUCUCCGAUCAGGGCACUCUGCUCUCCGCCUGCUCCCUAGAGGUCAUGUUUCUGCUCUCUGCUCAACAGUUCUCCCAUAACCGGGUCGCCCCCAGCCCAGCCCUCCAGCCUUUCAACAUCUCAACACACCACUGGCUGAAGAGCUUGGAGACCAAGGAAAACAACUGCAGGACGUCACACAAUUUAGAGCCCAGCGAGGACCCCCUGACCUCGGUACUCAGCUUCUUCCACAGCAUGACGGCUCUGAGGGUGACGGACGCGGAGUACGCCCUGCUCACCGCCACCGCACUCCUCUGCUCCGACCGGCCCGCCCUGCACGCCCCAGGCACGGUGGAGAGCCUCCAGGAGGUGGUCCUGGAGGUGCUGUCGCAGCUCUGCGUGUCCCAGGCCAGGGAGACGUGCAGCGGGCCCCAACACUUCGGCCGGCUGUUGGGCAGACUCACCGAACUGAGGACCCUGCGACACAACCACCUCCUGCUGCUCCGACAGCAGCCGUAGCCAAUGGCACGGCCAGAGCCACCAGGCGACCAAUCACAGGGUGGCCGAGUACACGGACAGCCAAUUAACAAGUGGGUCAAUCAUAGGCCUGUAAUUGAACACUGGGCCAAUCGAAUGCUGUCCGUUUUGGCCUCCAUGUCCCUGCUUCAAACGUUUUGUAUUACUAUUGGCCGCUUAACGAUCACUGGGUUAAUGAUUUCAUGAACCGUUAUUUUAUUUUUUUAAGGAUUUUUUUUUUAUGUGCAAGAGUUUAUAUUGUAUAUCUACCACAUAUGUACUUUUAAAUACAUUUAAGACAGUAUUAUUUUUGUAAUGUGACGAUAGAGAUCUUUCAUAGGCCCUCGCUGAUCAGGUGAGUUAGCUGCAGCCAAUGGGAGCUAAGCCAUAUUGUAUUGGCACAUUUCAACGCAACACCACCGACUUUCUAUUGACUACACACACCCUUAUGAUUAUACAAAGCAGCUGGCAUUGCAACAAGACAUCCAACAGCAAGCCUUUUGUUCGGUUGUCAAAUACCUGUCAUGCCCUAUUGCAAACAUCCCAAGAUGAAAGACAACAGAAACCAUUUGUGUGAACGAGUCAGGUA